AUGAGCGGGAAGCACGGCCUGAUUAUUGCAUGGAGUGGACAAGGCCGGGACGACGGUCAAGCGGCAAACGAGGUCGUCAAGUCCACAACAACAGCAAUGCACGCACUGAAGGAUACUAUGGGCAAGGAGUGA